GGGCCAGGGGCGGGGCGGUCCUUGAGGGGCGGGGCCAAGCCGGCCCUGGCGGCCAUGUUGAGUCCCCGCCCUUCCCGUGGACGUCGCGCUGCCGCCCACGCGCCCGAGGAUCUAUCCUGUGGCACAGACAAGCAAAUACCAAUUAAACAGGAGAAGAAUGGCGUUAAAGCAGAUUUCCAGCAACAAGUGCUUCGGGGGAUUGCAGAAAGUUUUUGAACAUGAGAGUGUGGAGCUAAAAUGUAAAAUGAAAUUUGCUAUCUACUUACCACCAAAGGCAGAAACUGGAAAGUGCCCUGCCCUGUAUUGGCUCUCUGGUUUAACUUGCACAGAACAAAAUUUUAUAUCAAAAUCUGGUUAUCAUCAAGCUGCCUCAGAACAUGGCCUUGUUGUCAUUGCUCCAGAUACCAGCCCUCGUGGAUGCAAUAUUAAAGGUGAAGAUGAUAGCUGGGACUUUGGCACUGGAGCGGGGUUUUAUGUGAAUGCUACUGAAGACCCUUGGAAAACUAAUUACAGAAUGUACUCUUAUGUAACAGAGGAGCUUCCCCAACUCAUUAAUGCCAAUUUUCCAGUGGACCCCCAGAGGACAUCUAUUUCUGGCCACUCCAUGGGAGGCCAUGGAGCUCUGAUUUGUGCUUUGAAAAACCCUGGAAAAUACAAAUCUGUGUCAGCAUUUGCUCCAAUUUGCAACCCAGUGCUCUGUCCUUGGGGCAAAAAAGCCUUUACUGGAUAUUUGGGUACAGAUCAAAGUAAGUGGAAGACUUACGAUGCAACUCAUCUUGUGAAGUCUUAUCCAGGUUCUUAGCUGGCCAUGCUGAUUGAUCAAGGAAAAGAUGACCAGUUCCUUACAGAUGGGCAGCUACUCCCAGAUAACUUCAUCGCUGCUUGUACAGAAAAGAAAAUUCCUGUUGUUUUUAGAUUACAAGAGGGUUAUGAUCAUAGUUACUACUUCAUUGCCACCUUUAUUGCUGAUCACAUCAGACAUCACGCAAAAUACCUGAAUGCAUGAAAAACUUCAGAUGAAGGAAUCUGUAUUCAAGAAUAUAAAAGUUAACAUAAUUGUUGAGAAAAAAAAAUGUUAAAUAUAGGAUUUCGUAAUGCUGAAAGCUCCCUUCUAUGAUUGAAUCACCUUCUGAAUGAAUACUGAAAACC